AUGUCAACAACUAACGUCUUUAUAACUGGUGCUAACCGAGGCGUUGGCCACGCACUAGUCCAGACAUACCUCGCCCGGCCGAACCACAUUGUCAUCGGCAGCGUCCGCGAUAUCGCCGCCGCCCGAUCUAACGGCCUCGAGGACCUUUCCGCUGCUUCUGGUUCUAAGCUUGUUCUAGUCAAGAUAGAGUCUACCUCCUUCGCCGACCCCACUCGAGCUGUCGCCGAGCUCGAGUCCUGGGGUAUUACCAGACUAGAUAUAGUGAUCGCUAAUGCCGCCAUUGCUGGCGGCAAAGUAGCUGCGGCAGCUGAGGGCGAUGCUGAAGACUUUGCCAACAUCCUUGCUAUCAAUGCCGUAGCACCCCUGGCGUUGUUUGCGGCGACAAAGCCGCUUCUUGACCGUGCGACGACCCCUAAGUGGGUAUCUAUCAGCUCGGCAGUGGCGUCCUUGGCGAACCACGAAGCUAUGUUUAUGAACAUGGGAGGGCGUCCCAUGGGGUUCGGUUACGGCGCGUCCAAGGCCACGCUGAACCACCUCAGCCUAAAUAUUCAUUCCGAGAACCCCAAGCUGACAGCUAUAGCGGUGGACCCAGGAUUCCUCGAUACCGACAUGGGCACCCGCGGGGCUAAGCAUUUUGGAAUGGAGAAGCCGCCACAUAGUGCCGCUGAUAAUGCCAAGGCGAUUGUGAAGCUUAUCGAUGCUGCAACAAGAGAGACGCAUUCAGGGAAGUUCUUAACCUUUGAUGGCGACGAGGUUCCGUGGUAA